GCUUAAACUUUAUCCAGAAAAAAAGACAGUCAUCCAAUCAAAUCAUUUCAUCUUUGAUAGACUCAUUUAUAAGUUCUUUUCGAUUUUUUAAAAAAUCAAAAACUCACUUCUUUUUAUCUUCCUCAUUACCAUGUCUCUCACUGUUGUCCACACUGCUACUGCUCCCGCUGCUGUCGGUCCUUAUUGUCAAGCUGUCAAGGCUAAUGGAUUUGUCUAUACCUCUGGCCAAGUUGCCAUCGACCCUGCUACUGCCAAGGUGAUUGAUGGUGGUGUCCAAGAUCAAACCAAGCAAGUUUUGCUCAACUUGACCGAAGUUCUUAAGGCUGCUGGAUCUAGCCUUGAAAAGGUUGUCAAGACUACCGUUUUCCUUAGAGAUAUGAACGAUUUCGCUGCCAUGAACGAGAUCUAUGCUUCUUUCUUCUCUACUCAUCAACCUGCUCGUUCUGCUGUUCAAGUUGCUCGUCUCCCCUUGGAUGUUGCUGUUGAAAUUGAAUGUGUCGCUCUUACCGAUUGACUAUCCAAGUUAUAAAAAAAGAAAACAAUACGAUAUCUUUUUUUUUUCUCCUGCCUGUAUAAAAAAAUAAUGGGAAAAAAAAUAAAAAUUGAUUUUUUUUUUGUGUGAAGGAAAA